AUUGAACAGGAUGUUGUCCUUCCAGCUGGUUCCUGUCGUUGCAACCAUUGCUCUCUUGCUAGUAGCAAGCCAUGCUUUGCAGCCGUGUGUGGGUCUUCAAGGUCCUCCUGGAAGAAAUGGGCUCCUUGGUCCGCAAGGGCCAAAAGGUAAACCAGGUGACAAGGGAAAUCCUGGGCCACCAGGGCUACCUGCCUCCCGGGAUCCUACAUUACAAAAUUAUCUCAAGGAACUCAAACACAGAAUUGCCAGACUUGAAAGAGCUUUGGCUUUGAGUGGAAUGAUUUCAAUUGCUGGCAAUAAACUGUUUGCCAGUACUGAGAAGACAGCGGAGUUCGACAACAUAGUAAAAAUAUGCAAAGCAGCUCAUGGUAAUAUUGCAACUCCAACCAACAGGGAGGAGAACCAUGCUAUUAUGAGCUUUGCAAAACAAUUUGAUACCUAUCCUUAUUUAGGGAUUACAGAGGGACGUGUCCCAGGAGAAUUCUGGUUCUUAAAUGGGAACCCCCUGAAUUAUACAAAUUGGUAUCCAGGUGAACCAAAGGGCAAAGGAACAGAGAAAUGUGUGGAAAUGUACAGUGAUGGCACCUGGAAUGACAAACCAUGCAACAAUUACCGCCUCGCUGUCUGUGAGUUUUAAACGAAACU